AUGGGGUCGCCGGUGAGGGCGAAUGAAGAGAAACUGAGGAAUGAGCAGAGAGGUGAGGCGAUCGAAGAAUCGAAGGGCGACCGAAGCGUCGUAGAAAAGAGAGACCACGAGGGCGAGGGAGAGAGGAAGGGAAUGAAGAGCAAGAAGGCGCUAACCCGUGAGAGAUAUGGGUCACCGUGUGAAUGA